AACAAAAGCCAGCCAGCAUUAGGCAAAUACGUUUUUAUGCACAUAUAUUUUAUACGCUGUGUACUCUGUGGCUGCCUGUACCUGCUAUACCCAAUGGAUAUCGCAAAUUAAAUCUUUCGAGAAAAGGAACUGCACAAAUAUUUGCAAACGUGACAGCCACGAAAUGUAUGCGGACAAACGUGGCUUAGAGAAGCCAGGCUCAGCGCUGUCAGCGGCAGCAGCAGCAGCAGCAGCGGCGGCGGCAGCGGCCGCAGCAGCCGUGGCAGUCACGCAUUUGGCCACGCCCACUCAUGCGCAUGCCCUACAGCAGCAACAACAGCAGCAGCAACAGCAACAGCAGCAGCAUCAUCAUGUGCUGCAGCUACAACACCAGCAGCAGCAACAACAACAACAACAGCAGCAGCAGCAGCAGCAGCAACAACAACACUUGCAGCACCAGCAACUUCACAUGCAACAACAUAUGCACACGCAUCAUAACUUUCAACAACAACAACAACAGCAACAACAACAUGAGCCAGCCACAUUGUCACAACAGCAACACUUGCAGCAACAGCAGCAACAGCAGCAGCAGCAACAACAACAGGCCGCACAGCAGCAGCAACAGGCGAGUCAGCAACAGCAGCAACAGGCAGCCGGCAUGUUUACAAGAUUCGAUGCGAACAAAUCGACGAAGGGUGCCUCGAAGAUGCGACGCGAUCUUAUAAAUGCGGAGAUAGCCAAUCUGCGGGACCUGCUGCCGUUGCCACAAUCGACGCGCCAGCGACUGUCACAGCUGCAGCUGAUGGCCCUGGUCUGUGUCUAUGUGCGUAAAGCCAACUACUUUCAACAAGUAUUUAAGCGACACAAUGCUCUUCAUCAACAUCACCAGACAGCAACACCAAAUAUUGGCUUCUCGAAGGCACUUUCGGGCUUUCUUAUGAUGCUCACACAAAAUGGCAAAUUGCUCUAUAUAUCGGAUAAUGCUGCCGAGUACCUGGGACAUUCUAUGGAGGAUUUACUUAUACAUGGCGACUCCGUUUACGAUAUCAUUGACAAACAGGAUCACGCAACCAUACAAGCCGAACUAAAUCGGAACGUGCCACCGCAACCAGGUGGCAGCAGCAGCAGCAGCGUCGGCGUUGGCAUUGGCGUUGGCGAUUCGACAAGCAGCAACGGAACUGGCGGCGCCUCUUCUCUGGAAGGGGAGCAUCGCAUGUUUCUCUGUCGCAUGAAUGUUAGCCGCAAUGCGCGACGGCAAAUGCGUUUCGGUGAUCAGAAGGUCGUUCUUGUACAGGGUCACUAUUUGUCAUUCCUGCCGCUGUGCAGUCGCAACGAGCCCGUCUUUUUAGCCACCUGCACACCCAUCGCGAUGCCCGAGACGCGCGAGUGUGUGGUUCAGGGCGCCACCAAUGUGUUUACCACCAUACACUCCAUGGAUAUGAAAAUCGCACACAUCGACAAGAAUGGCGAGUUCCACUUGGGCUACGAGAAGGCGUCAUUACAGGGCACAUCCUGGUACAAUCUAAUACACAGCGAGAAUCUACGUGAGGCUCAAAGCAAACACAGGCUAAUAACGCAAUCGGAACAGGAUCGUAGUUGCAUACUGCUUGUGCGCAUGCAGUGCUCAAGUGGCGAUUAUACCUGGGUACAUGUGGUGCUCCAGGUGCGAGAUAGUCCCGACUCUACACAGCAACCUGUCAUCGUCUGCACCAAUCAGGUGCUGAAUGAUCGGGAAGCUUCCAUAAUGCUGGCCAACUCGUGGCUCUAUCACUAUUACACGGUGCAGUCAAAGAUACAGUUUGGCAUGCCGCUGGACAGCGCAAUGCGUGUGCCGCCGGGCAGCAGCUCCAGCUCCAGCAGCUACUUCGGCACACAUCAGCAGUCGCAUGGUGGUGCUGGUGUGGCCAGCUUGGGCAUGUCUAGUGGAGCGGUCGGCAUGUCCGGCGUGUUUGCUCACCAUCAUCAUCAUCAUCAUACGACGGCAGCAGCAACCUACCAUCAUCAUCAUUCGCACAUGGGCGCUGCCUAUGGCGGCGUCUAUCAUGCGGAGGGCGCGCUGGAACUGAAGGAGGAUCAGCCGCUAUAUGUUGGGGGAUUUCAGUCCGGUGGUGGCCUGGAACCCGUCGACUAUAGUCAAGUAAAUGGCACGCCCACAGGCACUGGCAGUCAAAAGGCGACGCAGUCUGCCACAUCGCCGCCGCCAAAGAAACGAGCGCGUAACAAACUGGAACCGCUUUAUUUGCACGCCGAACGUUCACCGGCGGCGACGACUAUUACGCCAGAGCCGGACUGCUAUGCCUUGCAUCCGGGUGGCGCUUAUGCGACGGCGGCCCCUGGCAGCAGUGAUGCCUCCGCUUCGGUGAUUUAUGCCACUAUUGUGCCAACACGUCCGCGUUUGCUGAAUAAAACACUGCCGCCGGAUCCAGCGGAUUUUAUUGAACAGUGGAAUCCCAGUCCGCCUUGGUCAGAGUCGGCGCAGAAGGCGUCGCUGGAUAGUUUUGGAUCCUCGCAUGAGCUCAGUCCCUGCAUCACCACCACGCCACCCACUCCCACUAGCGCCACGCCCCAUCAUGGAGGCGUCAGUGCACAGGCAAUUGGGCCUGCAUUCAGUUUUGAAUGGAUGUCGGAUCCGCUGGUGCCGGUCGCCUACCAGCAAUGGCCACCAGCGACAGGCGAUCAUCAUCAGCAUCUCUCCCAGCAUCUGGCAGCGGCGCAGCAACAACAACAUCAACAGCACCAGCUUCAGCACCAACAGCAUCCACAGCACCAGCAACAACACCACCAUCAACAGCAUCCACAGCUGACGCUGCAUGGUGUUCACGUGGCGCGUGUAGAACUUGCCGCCGAAUCUAUGGCGGGCACGGGUCGGGCUGAUGCCACCGAACCGGUCGAGGAUAGAGAUCCAAAAAAUUAGUGACCUGCGCAUUAUGCAAAAGCUCGGAAAUACCAAGCGCGGCUCGGCGUGCAACGGGCAGGUGAUAAUCACACUUAAAUUAAUUGCCACUUGUCAUCUUAGCGUUUAAAUUAUUUUUUACCUAACUCUAAACAAAAAGAAAAUAAAAACACACUCACAAUUGACGAUAACAAUAGUUAUAGGUAGUAUAGAUAUCGCAUAUAGGCAUUAUUUACUGGCAAGCACCACCUAUCUAAAACAAACUAAUUUGAGUACAAAACACUCAUAAUACAUUUUUCUGUGCAAUUUUGUUUAAAGCUUAAACAUUACAAUAUAAUAAUACUACAUACAUAUUUAGCUUGGAAAUUAGUUUUACGAUAAGCACCUGGAAAAGCAGAA